CAGCACACAGUAAACGUCAUGCCGUCCGCCACCGGAAUUGCAGCUCGCGAAGUUUCCUGAACCUGAGGCGAAGCAUCUCCAUGCUCCCUCUUCAUGUCUAUCCGCACUCCAUAUAUUUUGCGCCCUCUCUCUUUAUAUGUACCUCGAUGAAACAAUCUCAGGCGUUGGAGAGGCCGGCGAGCGUCUAAUUGUGGUGUGGGGUGGCCAUGGGAACGGAGCAUCAGCCGCAGAAGAAGAAGCAUAAAGCCCGACCGGCGUCCUACUACACCGUGCUUGGCGUUGGCCGGGACGCCUCCGUCGCAGAGAUCCGCAGCGCCUAUCGGAAGCUUGCCAUGAAGUGGCAUCCCGAUAGGAGAGGGAGAGAGCCGUGGACGGUGGAGGAAGCCAAGCGCAGGUUCCAGCAAAUCCACGAAGCUUACCAAGUGUUGUCGGAUGAGAAGAGGAGGAGAUUGUACGACUCUGGACUUUACGAUCCACUUCAAGACGACGAGGAAGAAGUCGAGGGCUUCCAUGAUUUUGUUCAGGAAAUGGUGUCGCUAAUGGCCAGGGUGAGGAGAGAGGAGAAGCAGUACAGCAUGGAGGAGCUGCAGCAAAUGCUACCGGAGAUGGCACAGAAUUUUGGCUCACCUUCUUGGCCUUGUUGGUCUGCUGAUAGAGGAUCCUCGCGAGGUUCGAAGUGGUUUGCAGACGACAUGGGAAGGGAGGCCAGAAGAAAAACUCGGCUGCAUUACCCUGGCGUGGAGCUAUUUGGAAGCAUGAGUCGCUGAGACUGUAGUCCUCUUCAGAAGUCCCGAGGCUCUUUUGGUCGGAGAACAUGAGCUCGUCAUGCACAGAAUAAAGCAUGGGCUCGUUGUCUCCCUGUGCAGUGGUUGAUGAGAAGAGUGGCUGGUCAAAUCUCGCCGUUCUUAGCAGUAGAAAUCCUUUUUAGGCUUUUCUUUUCGUGGUUAGGAUUACAAGGUUGUUCUCCAUAUGUCAAUGCCAGUUCUAUCAAUCUUCUUCGUU